AUGGAUUCCGUAGAAGCUGCGCUUAGCGAUGCCCAACGAAAGCUUCAACUGCUCGGCUCACCGCCAGAUGCAGCGGAUGUAGAUUUGGCAGAGAAGCGGAUAGUGGAGAUCGAGAGACGCCUCGCCGCCACCAUAAAUAAACUGGACGUGGAGAGCCCUCCGGAUUCAGUCAGUGGGCAGCAGUUUCUACUGCUUCAGGAGAAGCGCAAGGAGGUGGCGAGGGAAGAGGCGGAGGAGGAAAAGCGUCCGCACAUGGCGCUGUUGGAGCGGCACAGGCAGGUGCUGCAGCUGCAGGACGUGGUGCUGCUGGCGCAGGCGGCGCUCGCGGGGGGGGACGACGCAGCAGUGACAGCGGACGGGCAGAGCUUGUCGCAGGCAAUAGCAGCAGUGGGGGCGGGCGCUGACAGCGGGCCCCGCAGUGCGCGGUACCUGAAGGCGGCGAGGGACAGGGGCGUGCUGCAGGCCAUGCAGGCGGCCGUGGCGGAGAGCAAGGACAGCCUGGACCUCAGCAACCGCUCCAUCGACUGGCUCCCAGAGCCCUUCGGCCGCCUGGGCACCGUGCAGGUCAUUGACCUGUCAGGCAACCAGAUCGAGGUUCUGCCAGACGUGCUGGGAGGCCUCACCUCGCUCACGUCCCUCAACCUGCACGCCAACCGGCUGUCGACGCUGCCCGCGUCCAUUGGGUUGCUGUCCGCCAUGCAGUCUCUGGACGUGUCCACCAACAGCCUGCAGCGCCUGCCCGACUCCAUUGUCAACUGCAGUGCGCUCACCUCGCUGAACCUCAACUUCAACAAUCUGGAGAAGCUGCCUGACCGCUUUGGUGCAGGCAUGCCUCAUCUGGCGCGCCUCUCCCUGGCGCUCAACAAGCUCACAGCACUGCCAGAGUCCAUCGGGGACCUCUCCUCGCUCACGUUCCUCGACCUGCACUUCAACCGCCUGCAGUCCCUGCCACCGUCCAUUGGCCACCUCGCAGUGCUGCACACUCUGCUGCUCUCCGACAAUUUCGCUGACCUCACGGCCCUGCCGGCCACCAUGGGUCGUUUGUCAGCGCUGCGGCAGCUGGACGUGCGCAACAACCAGCUGCAGCGCCUGCCGGUGGAGCUGGGGCGGCUGACGGCGCUGGAGAAGCUGCAGCUGGAGGGCAACCCGUGGCAGAGCCCACCGCUGGACCUCGUGCAGUGCAACGACACAUACCUCGUCAAGCUCUUCCUUGCUGACCGCCUGCGCGAGCAGCAGCAGCUCGCAGAGACCUCUGUGGGGUCGGCGUCAUGGAUGGCGUGGUUUGGCGGCUUGCUGCGUGACUUGACGUUUGUGCAGUGGCUGAAUUCCGUGAUGGCUGGCACACCCAUUGGCAGCCUUGCUGGCCCCAACGUGCUGGGGCUGGAGGGAGCAGGUGGCGCCCGCAGCGGCGUGGAGAUCCCCCUCACUGGGCCUGGCGCACAGCAGGCGCUGGAGAAGGCAGCGCGGCAGGAGGCAGCAGACAAGGAAUCAGGGGAUGUGGGAGCAGGGAAAGGGCAGGAUGUGGUGGUGCGUGUGGGGUGA